GUUGGAGGGCGGGCGGGCGGGAGGCGGGAGGCUCGCAGAGGGAGAGAGGGCGAGAGGAAGAGGGCGGGAGCGAGAGAACGAGAGAGAAAGGAGAGGAGGGAGGAGGCGCGCCGCGCCAUGGUGUCCUGCACGGGGCCUGGGCCGGGGCCGGGGCCGGGCUGGGCCGGGCCAUGAGCCGCGCCGGGAGCUGGGACAUGGACGGGCUGCGGGCGGACGGCGGGGCCGCCGGGGCGGCCCCGGCCUCCUCCUCCACCUCCUCCUCUGUGGCAGCAGCGGCGCCGGGCCAGUGUCGCGGCUUCCUCUCGGCGCCAGUGUUCGCCGGGACGCACUCCGGGCGUGCGGCUGCGGCGGCGGCAGCGGCGGCGGCGGCGGCGGCGGCGGCCUCGGGCUUCGCGUACCCGGGGACCUCUGAGCGCGCGGGCUCCGCCUCGUCGUCGUCAUCCUCUGCUGUGGUCGCGGCGCGCCCGGAGGCUCCCUCCGCCAAAGAGUGCCCGGCGCCCGGCGCGGCCGCCGCAGCGCCCCCGGGUGCCCCGGCCCUAGGCUACGGCUACCACUUUGGCAACGGCUACUAUAGCUGCCGCAUGUCGCACGGCGUGGGCUUACAGCAGAAUGCUCUCAAGUCGUCCCCGCACGCCUCGCUGGGAGGCUUCCCGGUGGAGAAGUACAUGGACGUGUCCGGCCUGGCAAGCAGCAGUGUACCGGCCAACGAAGUGCCCGCGCGAGCCAAGGAGGUGUCCUUCUACCAGGGCUACACGAGCCCCUACCAGCAUGUGCCUGGCUAUAUCGACAUGGUGUCUACCUUCGGCUCCGGGGAGCCUCGGCAUGAGGCGUACAUCUCCAUGGAGGGCUACCAGUCCUGGACGCUGGCCAACGGGUGGAACAGCCAGGUGUACUGCGCCAAGGACCAGCCACAGGGCUCCCACUUUUGGAAAUCAUCCUUUCCAGGGGAUGUGGCUCUAAAUCAGCCAGACAUGUGUGUCUACCGUCGGGGGAGGAAGAAGAGGGUGCCCUACACCAAACUGCAGCUCAAAGAACUGGAGAACGAGUAUGCCAUUAACAAGUUCAUUAACAAGGACAAGCGGCGGCGGAUCUCGGCUGCCACGAACCUAUCCGAGAGACAAGUGACCAUUUGGUUUCAGAACCGAAGAGUGAAAGACAAGAAAAUUGUCUCCAAGCUCAAAGACACUGUCUCCUGAUGUGGGCCAGAUUGGCCACAGAGAGUUUAAAUGCUUUCAGUUGUCUCCAAAAGACCUUUGGAAAGACUUGAAUAUGUAUUUAAUUCCCCCAUCCCCCUGCCAGUGAUGGCAAAUUUUGUGAAUUGUUUUUCUUUCUUCCCCUUAUCUGGCUCUAAAACUUUUUGCUGCCCAACCUGACUUUGUAGUUCUGUUUUGUACUUGUUUAUUAUUGAUUUUGCUCUUGUCUAAGUUUGUUUUUUAUGGCUUUUUAAUGUUCUGUUUCUCCCUCCAGGCCAGUAUAAAGGACUUGAAGUAUUUUUGAAUACCCCCCCCAAAUGAAUUUCAGAAGUGCCAUUCUGAUUUUAGGGUUUUAUUUUUUUAAAUCACUUUUUAUGCCUGUUUCCAGCACUGAUUAUCUUCAUAAUCCGUUAGGGCAGAAUGAUUUGCAGUCAUUCACAUCCUGUGAUUAGGUAAUUGAAAUUUUAGCUCUCAGCAGUCGCAUUGAGGCAAAUGGAAACAGCUCUGGGCAAGCAGUUUUCUAGGGUCACUGAGAAAGUCUAAAAACAGAAGGCUGGAGGUUCUGUGAUGGCUUUAAAAACAGCUACCUUAUUAUAUAGGGUUCGUAUCAAUACUAGAGUGAAGACAAUAUUUCCAACUUUAGGUCUUUCACUUACUGUUGUAUUGUUUACUACACCUUGUAGAUUUGUGCUUUUAUAAUCUUUAAUUUGGAAACAAUGUGUCCUCAUGUGAUGCCUUCAUUUCUCCAGCUCUAGAUGCAGAUAUUUAAAUGGCUGCAGUUGGGAAAGUGACCCAUGAAUGGUAUACAUGCCUCCCCACUCCCUGACCUCUGGUUUGUGGUGUUAGAAAUGAGGCCAUCUCCUCAGUCCCCUGAAAGAGACUGAGUCAAUGUGGCCAUGGGUGGGAAUUUUUAUCCAGAACCCAGUGAAGAACUUGACUGUCUGAACAAAUGUAUUGGGCUCUCCUGGAGCUUUAAAACAUCUAACAAGUGUGAAAAAAUAUGGAGUUCUGAAGUCCAGGAGGGGAAAAAAAAAAAGGUGUUUCUGAAAGUGAUGAUAAAUAACUACUUUUAAAGUGCUGCAUAUUUAUACAACUGAGAGAUUAUUUUUGUAGAUGCAAUGUGUGUGAGCUGAGAUACAUGGACAGUGCUUCAGGCAUUUAAAAAACACUUUUUACUCCUAGGGAUAGUCAAAUAAACAGCACUCACUUAUUUCUUCUGA